GUUUCCUCGCGGGGGAGCCGCGCUGAGCUGCAGGUGACCCGCUUUCCAAGGGCCGCGCAAGGCUGCGCUCCUUCUUCGGACGCCGUAAAGGAAACCGAGGACGCCUUUGGCUGGGGCUCUUGCUCCCCCCCGGGCUGCUCCUGCUGGCCUCAUGGAGAAGACGAGCUCGGACGGGGCUUUCUCUCACCCCCUGGAGCCCCCCGCCGACCCGCUGCAAGGCGUCGGCAAGGCGCCGUCGGGGGAGAAGCGCUUCAAGUUGUGGUAUUUGGGCUGGUCGUGCCUGGACCGGCGCACCACGCUGCCCAUGCUACCUUGGCUGGUGGCCGAGAUCCGUCGGCGCAGCCAGAAGCAGGAUCCCAGCUCGGUGCCCGCCCGCGAAGUGCUGCUGCUGCUGGGCUCGCCCAACCUGCGCUGCAUCCCGUCGGCCAGCAGCGCCUCGAACCCGGCCGUGUUCAUCUUCGAGCACAAGGCGCAGCACAUCUCGCGCUUCAUCCACAACAGCCACGACCUCACCUACUUCGCCUACCUGAUCAAAGCGCAGCCCGACGACCCCGAGUCCCCGACGGCUUGCCACGUCUUCAAGGCCACCGACCCCAGCCAGGUUCCAGAUGUCAUCAGCAGCAUAAGACAGGUUUCCAAAGCAGCCCUAAAAGAGGACGCCAAGCCUAACAAAGACAGCGAAGAUGCCUUCUACAACUCUCAAAAAUUUGAGGUUCUGUACUGUGGCAAAGUGAUGGUGGCCCACAAAAAGGCCCCUUCCAGCCUGAUUGACGACUGCAUCGAGAAGUUCAACCUGCACGAGCGUCAGCGCCUGAAACUGUUGAGCGAGCAGAGGAAUGCGGAAUCUAUCGCGGAUCUUAUGGAGUGCGAUGGGGAAGUGCCCUCUUCUCCCUCGGACAGUCCGUUUGAGGAGGUGGACGGCCUGAACGGUGGUAGCCCCGGGAUGUUCAUAGUUGGGAGCCAGCCCAACCUGGCCAGCUUGGCCAGCUCCCGCGUCUCUUUCCCCGAGCGCAUCUUGGAGGAUUCGGGGUUUGAUGAGCAGCAGGAGUUCCGAUCCCGGUGUAGCAGUGUUACGGGUGUCAUGCAAAGGAAGGUUCACGACAAUAGUUUGAAAACACAAUCCCGGAGACGUCACGCAAGUGCCCCAAGCCACGUCCAGCCUUCUGACUCCGAAAAGAACAGGACAAUGCUGUUUCAGGUUGGUCGAUUUGAAAUUAACCUCAUCAGUCCAGAUACUAAAUCGGUUGUGUUUGAGAAGAACUUUAAAGAUAUCUCCGCAUGUUCUCAGGGCAUAAGACACAUAGAUCACUUUGGUUUUAUUUGUCGGGAAUCUGCGGAACCUGGGAUCAAUCAGUAUGUUUGCUAUGUGUUCCAGUGUGCAAGCGAAUCGCUGGUGGAUGAAGUAAUGCUCACUCUGAAGCAAGCAUUCAGCACGGCUGCAGCCCUCCAGAGUGCCAAGACUCAGAUUAAGCUCUGCGAGGCCUGCCCAAUGCACUCUCUACACAAGCUCUGCGAAAGGAUUGAAGGUCUUUAUCCACCAAGAGCUAAAAUUGCGAUUCAGAGACAUCUGUCCUCUCUCAGUGACAAUGAGCAAGCUGACAUCUUUGAGCGUGUGCAGAAAAUGAAGCCCGUUACUGACCAGGAAGACAAUGAGCUUGUGAUCUUACACUUACGACAACUGUGUGAAGCUAAACAAAAGACUCACGUGCAUAUUGGAGAGGCCCCAAUGCAGAAUGCCUCCAACACGACAGUUCCAGAGAACGCAGCUAGUGGUGGCAGAUUCAAACUUGACAUUCUGAAAAACAAGGCCAAGAAAUCUUUGACCAGCUCUCUAGAAAACAUUUUCUCAAGGGGAGCUAACCGAAUGCGUGGCCGUUUGGGGAGCAUGGACAGCUUUGAAAGGUGCAACAACCUCACUUCUGACAAAGAAUGCUCUUCUGGGGAAUCUCCACCCACGACGCCCCCCGCUUCUCCCGUAUCCUCAGCUUGGCAGCCGUUCCCCGAAGAGGAUUCCGAUUCUCCUCAGUUCAGGAGACGAGCCCAUACCUUUAGCCAUCCGCCGUCCAGCGCCAAAAAGAGGAUUACUUUCCAAGACGGGAGGUCCCAAAGUGUCAAGUCUCCUCCUCUGAGACAGAACUCUGCGGAGCAUAGCAGGCUGACAAUGGCCCGACGCGCUCGCAGUGAGAGUGAAUCAUCGAGUCUCCCUUCUUCCUUCUCUGCCCCAUCUUUCCUGAAAAGCUUUUACCAGAGCUCAGGAAAACCAUCUCCUCAGUCUGAGAAUGAACUCCCCCAGAGUGAUGGGGAAAGAAGAAAAAGGACCUCCUCUGUGUGCAGCAAUGACUCUCUAAAUGCUGGCGGAAUUACUCUUACCCCCCGCCGGAUUUCCUGGCGGCAGAGAAUCUUCCUAAGGGUGGCAUCGCCCAUGAAGAAAUCACCCUCAGCAAUGCAACUUCAAGAUGGAGGUGAUGUAAAUGAAUUGUUGCCGCUGUCUCCUCUUGCGCGAUCUUUUGAUGAAGACCCCCUUGUUUCCUUAUUGCAAAACGAUGAUGUUCAAGAUAAGACUGGGGAGAAAAAGAACUCCGAAGAGCUGCAGAGUCUGUGGAGAAAAGCCAUCCAUCAGCAGAUACUGCUUCUUCGGAUGGAAAAGGAAAACCAGAAAUUGGAAGCAAGCAGAGAUGAGCUCCAGUCCAGAAAGGUUAAGCUGGACUAUGAGGAAGUUGGUACUUGUCAGAAAGACGCUAUCAAUAUCUGGGAUAAGAAGCUGUUGAAUUGCAGAGCCAAGAUCAGAUGCGACAUGGAAGAUAUCCAUGCAACUCUGAAAGAUGGUGUUCCCAAAAGUCGCCGGGGAGAAAUAUGGCAAUUUCUUGCUGUGCAGCAUCGCGUAAGGCACCGGCUACCAAAUAAACAGCAGCCCCCUGAUAUCUCUUACAAAGAACUCCUGAAACAGUUGACAUCUCAGCAACAUGCGAUCCUUGUAGACCUAGGAAGGACCUUCCCAACACAUCCUUACUUCUCUACUCAGUUAGGAGCAGGGCAGCUCUCCCUCUUCAAUCUUCUGAAAGCUUAUUCCUUGCUGGACAAGGAGGUGGGCUACUGCCAAGGCAUCAGCUUUGUAGCUGGGGUGCUGCUCCUCCACAUGAGCGAAGAACAAGCCUUCGAAAUGCUCAAAUUCCUCAUGUACGACCUCGGCUUCCGGAAGCAGUACAGGCCGGACAUGAUGUCGCUACAGAUCCAGAUGUACCAGCUGUCGAGGCUACUGCAUGAUUAUCACAGAGACCUCUACAACCACCUUGAGGAGAACGAGAUCAGCCCCAGCCUUUAUGCUGCCCCCUGGUUUCUUACUUUAUUUGCUUCGCAGUUUCCAUUGGGAUUUGUAGCCAGAGUGUUCGACAUAAUAUUUCUUCAGGGAACAGAAGUCAUAUUUAAAGUAGCACUAAGUUUGCUUAGCAGCCAAGAGGAACACAUCAUGAUGUGCGAGGCUUUUGAAAGCAUCGUCGAGUUUCUGAAAAACACUCUACCAGACAUGACAAAGCUCCAAAUGGAAAAGAUUAUGACACAGGUCUUUGAGAUGGAUAUUUCCAAACAGCUGCAUGCCUAUGAGGUGGAGUACCACGUUCUGCAAGAUGAACUGCAAGAGAACUCAAAUCUGUGCGAUGAUGGGGAGGCUCCCGAGAAACUCGAAAGGGCAAACAAUCAGCUGAAGAGGCAGAAUAUGGACCUCUUGGAGAAACUACAGGCAGCUCAUGCUAAAAUCCAGAGUGUGGAAUCUAACCUGGAAGUCGUCUUGGAAAGGGAGAGUAAGAUGAAGAGCUUAAUCCAGUCACUGGAAGAAGAGAAGGCGCUCUACAGAAAGACUAUGGAGAAAAUCUGCAAAUACUUGCCGGAAGAGGUGCUGCCUGACUGUGAACAGCUGCUAAAGGAAGCAAACUGUAACCCAAGCAAAAUUUAGAAAUAAGCCAUAGGUGAAGCGUUGCAGGCAACACGGUUUCGAACAAUAAAGAAAAGGGAAAACUAGAAAACACAGAAGGUAUCUGCAUAAUCUCACACGGGUACUGGGAUUCUUCUAGCAGCGGAGAGGCCUUUAAAAUCUUGAUAUGCAAAUCCCAGGUUAAAUGUUUUUAAUAAUGGGUGUACAUAAAUAGCAAUGCAAAAAAAGAAAGAAAAAGAA